AUGGCACCACCGCCAGAUAUCUUCUCCAUCAAUGGUACUAAUGGUACUACUAAUGGGAUCACCAAUGGUACCAAUACCAAUACCGUUCCAACCACUAUCACUAUCACUUUUCAUAAACAUCAAAAAUGGUUUACUGAUAAAAAGCAGUAUAUCAUACGCGUAAUACUAAUUGUUGCUUUAUUGCUCAUUUUAUUUGGCAUAUUUAUGGUUUUUCGACAUCACAAUAGGAAUACACCUAUAAGAAUAUUCGAAUUGGGAAAAACUCGAAAUGUCAAAAAUGAAAGUAAUGAGUAUUCCAGUAUUUCUUCAUUACAACAAAUCGAAUUUAGCGAACAAACAUCAGAUAAGAAUUCUGGUUUUACAUCUGUGCCAACAACUAUUAAUAACCAAAAUUUUGAUGCAUCACAAUGUGUGACACCGAUCGAAGGCAAGAAAUGCAUUCAAAUUCAGCGCAAAAAUUUUCAAAACGACGGGAAAAUACCAUCAGAGGAUUUUGUAGCACAUUUAGGGCAUUUUAUGGGAUGGCAUCCGAAGCAUUACGAACUUAAUAUAACCAUUAAUCGAGACGCACGAACAUCUUUCGCAGGGAAUAUUAACAUUUAUAUUAAAGCUGUUGAAUCAACUUCAAUAAUAUCAUUACAUGCUGGUCGAUCCAUCUCUGAUAUCACUUUAUCACAAAUAACAGCAUACAAUUGUCAUACAGGUGACACAGAAUUGAACAUUACUUCAUUUGAAAAAGGCGAAGUCUCGUGUGUGGCAUCAAUAGUUUAUCACCAAAAAGAUGAGGUGUUAUCAGUGGAAUUUUCCGAAUCCAUCAGUGUUGGACAUAUUGUUGUCCUUCAAAUUAAAAAUUUCUCGAGUCCACAAGCAUCUGCUGGUCUCAUCGUUAAAAGGCCACAAAAAUGGCAACCUAAACGGCCAUGGACAGUAACUACAUUUUUCCAACUUCGUAACGCCCGUUCAAUUUUUCCGUGUUUUGAUUUGCCGAUUAUGAAAGCGACGAUGAAAAUGUGUAUCAAUCAUCCAGUUGGGACUGAAGCGCGAUCAAAUACAAAAAUAUUGUCUAUUUCUAAGAUCAACAAUCGAAUUGAAUCGUGCUUUGAACCAACACCAGCAAUGAGUAGUUAUUUAUAUGCAUUUACCAUAUUUGAUCGAAUGAGUUCAAUGAAAGAGGCGGAAAAACCAAAAGAACAUUUACCUGAAAUUGAAGUACUCUAUUCGGAGGAAGAUAACUUAAUCAAACCUGAUUGGAUCAGCACUGAAGCAAUACAUGCUCUAAAAGUAAUGGCAAAUAUUAGCAAUUUUCAAUAUCCGUUGAACAAGCUGAACUUAAUGGCAUCAUACUUACCCGUUUAUGGACUUGAAAAUUUGGGUCUCAUUAUAUUGGAUGAACGGUUUGUGGCCUAUCCGAAAUAUCGCUUGGCUCAUACAAUUCUUGCACAUGAAAUUGCCCAGCAAUGGAUCGGCAAUAUUGUUACGGUUAAGAAUUGGAAAGAAAUAUGCAUACAGGAAGGAUUGAGUACCUUUUUGGAAUGGAUAAUCACAAAAUUAUUGGAUAAUUCGACUGAGAUCGAUGAACUGAUUAAUGAAAAACGUCGUGAAGGUAUUAUGAAAGACAGCACAGCCUCGACAACUAUCAUUUCCGAAUUUCGUUCACCCGAGGAUAUUUCACGAUGCUUUGAUAAGCCAGCAACAUUCUUUGUUAUGCUUGAACUUGGAUUUGGAGAAGGAACAGUGACAAAGGUGAUCAGGUUACUUAUGCAACGGUACUCUUAUGCCAAUGCUGGAAUGACGGAAUGGAAACAAGUGAUAAAAGAAGCUGCUAACGACUAUCUUGCUGGUGAAUUCUUUGAAAAAUAUUUCACGCAGUCUGGUUUACCGCUAAUUCGUGUCUUUUCUACUACAGAAGGAUUAAAUUUGACGCAAAGUAUGACAGCCGCUAAACGAGUGAUAAAUGUAUGUUUUUGCUAG